AUGGCGACAGUAACUCAAUCUCCGGUUGCAGCAGCUACGGCUAAUAAAAAUCCAACAUAUCACCAGGUUCCUGAGACCUCCUUUGAUUUGGAUUGGGCGGACCUUGCCACGUUGGAUCUAUCUCAGUUUGACUUGCCUGGUGGUAAGAAGCAGUUGGCAGCGCAGCUUUUUGACGCCAUUCAGAAUAUCGGCUUCUUUUAUAUCACCAACUUCGGGUUAUCACAAGAAGAAGUUGACCAGCAAUUCUCCAUCGGUCAGCAAAUCUUUGAGCUUCCAGUUGAGGAAAAGCUCAAGUUCCGCGCAGAACUAGAGAAAGGUGGAUACAAUGGCUAUAAACCAAUGGGUCUUCGGGAAAUCAGUCCCGGCGUCUUUGACAAGACAGAGAUUUUUAAUAUUCCAAAAUUCAUUCCGGCUCUCGAAAGACCACAGCCCGAUAUCGUGAACCAGAACCGUCCGGUCAUUGAGAGCUUUGCACGUCACAUUCACGAAGAAGUUGUUCGUAAACUGCUGACACUCCUGGCAAUCAUUCUCGAGUUACCCGAAGAUUAUUUCCUCAAGGUACACCGCUAUGAUGAGAAGAGUGACUGUCACUUGCGAUACAUGAAGUACCACCGCCGAAGCGAAGAGGAGAACAAGAAGGCCGCCGGGAUCUGGUCCAAAGGCCACACCGACUUCGGCAGCCUAACUCUACUGUUCCGACAGCCAGUAGCCGCGCUGCAGGUUCGGACGCCAGAGGGCGAGUGGAAGUGGGUGAAACCCUAUCCAGGAAGCAUCACAGUCAACCUUGCCGAUUCGCUGCAGUUCCUCACGAAUGGAUUCCUCAAAAGCAGCAUCCAUCGUGUCGUUGCACCUCCCCCAGACCAGAGGGAUAUCGACCGUCUAGGUGUGCUGUACUUUGUUCGGCCGGAGGAUAGCCUGGAGCUGCGACCGGUUGCAAGUGAAGUUCUGCGUCGCCUAGGAUAUGACCAGACAGCCGAUCAAAGUGCGAUUGGCAUUACUGCCGGUGAGUGGGUAAAGGCUAGAGUUGCCAAGGGAGUUCAUAAAGGCGACUCGCGGAGUGAACUCGCCGAGCAGCCCAUUAUUGGUGGAGUGGUAGCCAAAUAUUACGAUUGA